UUUAUUAAAAUUAUUUAAAAAAAAUUUUUUUUUAAAUUACAACUUUGGUGCUUUAAAUGUAUAUAGCACACACUACUCAGGACACUUUUUUCUUAGUUGCAUGCAAGUUUAUUUGACAUACAAUAAUACUGUUAACAACAAUAUAAAUAAAUAUAUAAAACUGUUUUUGGUGACAAUAAUUAACGACACGAGCUUACGCGGACAUUGUUGUGUUGUCCGGUUAUUUUUACAAUUUACUUUUUACAUAAGUUUUUUUUUUUUUUUUUUAUUUAUUUUUUUUACUAUUUUUAAAAAUAUAUAUAAUAUAUGUAUAAGUAAGUUUGCUUGGUAUUCCUUUGUUGCUGAUGUACAGGAGAGACAUUGCCGUAAUAUUAACGAGGAAGUAAACAAAUAUAUUUAAAAAAUGGCGUUUUGAAGAAGGCUGAUUAUUCAACGCGGCAUCUUCUAUAAAUUAAUUAACUUCAUCAACGAAGAUGUCACGAGAUUACGACAGUAGGAGACGGAGUAAUGCCAGUGGAUCCAGCAAAUUGCGAAUGGAUACAAGUGUAUCCCAGUCACGACCACAUGUAGAACCAUCGUCAAGCAAACGUAAGGAAUUGGACAACGUAAUGCGCAAAGCUCGAGAAUCACAGUCAAGUUAUUGGAAUAAAAAAUUACUGGAAGUUGAAGAACGUGAUCCUAAUCGUUGGCGUCACAGCGGUUACAAAGAAUUGUAUGUUGGUGGUAGUGCUGUCAGCGGUGAGACAAGCGCUAGUCGUAGUCAUCCGAGGAGUCCACGUAGUCCACGUCCACGAAGUCCACACAGUCCACGAGGCGGAGGAGGCGGAGGUGGAGCACGUAGUCCAAGAUCACCGCGAGAAAGGACUCACAACAGCAAGCAACGAGUGGCGCGUAGUCCGAGCACCGGUAGUACUUGCUCAGAUCGCUCGUGUUCCGUGUGCUCACCGAGGGAACGUCGUCGCGUUGUGCCGCAGUCACGAUCACGAUCGAGGUCGAUAACGCCGGUACGACAGCGAGCACACCCGAAGGAAAUAGCCGCGUCGUCGAGUUCGCGGGCGGCUGUGCCAUCACGUACAGCAAGACCGACAACGAGGCCGCCGCCACCUAUGCCGCGUCCGCGUACUCCACCACCUGAACCACAGCCACCUUCAUCACGGCACCACAAGGAGUAUAAAGCGCUCAAGGAGAAGGAGGCAAAAGAAGCUAGGGCUCGUCGCAAAGAAAAACAUCACAAUAGUAGGGUGCCUGAAGAUCCCAGGGUACCUGAUCCUAUUCCUUUGAUGCGGAGACCAGUUAAAGUUGAAAAAACACAUUCAGGGCAUCAGCCGGUAUCAGCAGUUCACGUCCACCCACCGCCAGCAGAAUCAUCUGGCAGUGAAGACAGCGAUAGUUCAUCAAAUGCUUCACAAACUGGACCUCCACGAAUGACUUUAUCAGAACGAUUUGGUAAAAUGGCACAGUGGAGCGUUGACAGACGAGAAAUGGAGAACAUGCGUAUCACAAAAGACGGUGAAAAUUCAAUGAAAGUUGUAAUAGAAGGGGAAGAAAGAAUCGCAAGAUUAGGAUACGAUUCACCACCACCUGGACACUAUCCGGAAACUUUACUUGCACAAGGACCACGUGGGCUUGACUGCUGGGACGAUGUGCGUGUUAGGUAUGAUUACUACAAGGCACGUGGGUAUUUGAGGGACUUGAGUCUCGACGACUACGUCAAGUGGGAAGAAUGGUGGUACAAAUACCAAGAGUGGCUGGAGGCUGAACGUUUUUACGAGCAAUGGGCAACGAGCGGUGGUCGUUCUAACGACGGACCCAAUCGCGCUGGUCCCGGUCAUCGUCACGGAAAUCGUGGAGGUAUUCGCAACCACAUGGGUCGCGGUGGUCUUGCACCUGGUGGACCCUCUGGUCCCCCUGACGGUCACGGUAUUCCGAUCUCCGAACGCAUCGGCAAUACCGAACGCGGUGGUAUCAUUACCAGUGGAAUAAGACUACAAAAACGUCGUGGAAGACGUCUCAACGUUGUCCACUAAUUUCAUUACUUUAUUAUUCUUAUUAUUUUUAUUUUUUGUUUAAUUAUUAAUUAACUAAUUAAUAAUUAUCAUAAUUAUAAAUUUAUACAUAAAUAUUUAGCUCGCAACGUCGUGUCAUUUGUUGACUGCAGCUCAAAUAUCAUCAUAAGACUUGUUCUUAUAAAAAUCAUGCUUAAAAGUUGAAGAAAAAAUAAAUAAGCAAAUACACCGAAAUAAAGAUGUAAACAGUAUGUUAUAAAUAUAUGUAAUAAAUAUAACAUGUGCUAUGAUUA